CAACGCCUAACUGGGCUGGUAGAGUCCCUGAUGUUCUCUCAUCAGCCCACAUGGGAUGACUGCCAGCAGCUCAUACAGACUCUCUUCACUACUGAAGAGAGGGAGAGGAUUUUAUUAGAAGCUAGGAAGAAUGUACUCGGGGCGGACGGGCGUCCUACCCAGCUCCCCAACAUCAUCGAGGCUGCCUUUCCCCUCUCCAGACCAGACUGGGAUUUCAACACGGCAGAAGGUAGGGAGCGAUUGUCAGUCUAUCGCCAGGCUCUAGUGGCUGGCCUCCGUGGGGCGGCAAGACGCCCCACUAAUUUGGCUAAGGUAAGAGAAAUAAUACAGGGGGCCACGGAACCCCCCUCUGUGUUUCUUGAGCAUCUAAUGGAAGCUUUUAGGCGCUACACCCCAUUUGACCCUGCCUCUGAAGGACAGAGGGCUUCCGUGGCUAUGACUUUCAUAGGGCAGUCAGCUGUAGACAUUAAAAGAAAGCUGCAGAGAAUUGAAGGAUUGCAGGACUAUACCUUGCAGGAUUUAGUUAAGGAAGCUGAGAAAGUAUACCAUAAAAGAGAAAUUGAGGAAGAAAAAGAGCAGAGAAAGGAGAAAGAGAGAGAAGAAAGGGAAAAUAAGAGAGACCGAAGACAGGAGAAAAACUUAACACGGAUUUUGGCCGCAGUAGUAGGGGAGAAGAGCCAGGAACAGACCCAAGGUAGAACUAAGAAGUCAGGUAGCCUGAACAACCGCAUCCCGUUAGAUAAGAAUCAAUGUGCCUACUGUAAGGAAAAGGGGCACUGGGCCAGGGAAUGUCCUAAAAAAAAGAAGAAAGAACUCUCCAAGAAAGUACUGGCCUUAGAGGAAGAAGAAGAUUAGCGGGGACGGGGCUCGGAACCCCUCCCCGAGCCUAGGGUAAUACUUAAGGUGGAGGGGAAGCCAGUUGAGUUCCUUGUAGACACCGGAGAUCAACACUCAGUCCUACUUGAACCAUCAGGACCCGUCUCCAAGAAAAAAUCCUGGGUUGUAGGGGCCACAGGGCAUCAGCAGUACUCAUGGACUACCUGAAGAUCAGUAGAUCUGGGAGUGGGACGGGUAACCCACUCAUUUUUAAUUAUCCCUGAGUGCCCUGCGCCCCUCCUCGGGAGAGAUUUACUCACCAAAAUGGAAGCCCAAAUCACUUUUACUCCUGAUGGCCCAGAGGUAACCCAAAAUAAGAGGGUAACAGCCCUGACCAUGCGUUUAGAGGAUGAACAUAGACUCUUUGAAAAGCAGCUGGAGAAAGGGACUAGUCUUGUAAAUGACUGGCUAGAAAAAUAUCCCGGGGCAUGGGCCGAAACUGCUGGAAUGGGACUGGCCACAGAAAGGCCGCCUAUAGUCAUAGAACUCAAAGCUACUUCCACUCCUGUGGCAGUGCGCCAAUAUCCUAUGACUAAGGAAGCUCGGGAAGGAAUUAAGCCUCACAUUCAACGUCUGCUACAGCUGGGCAUACUAGUAAAAUGCCAGUCACCAUGGAACACGCCCUUAUUACCCGUCAAGAAACCUGGCACAGGAGACUAUCGCCCUGUGCAGGACUUAAGAGAAGUAAACAAGCGGGCGCAAGACAUCCACCCCACCAUGCCUAACCCUUAUAAUCUGUUAAGCUCUCUCCCUCCAAACCAUAUCUGGUACACUGUCCUGGAUUUAAAGGACGCCUUCUUCUGCCUCCGACUACACUCCUCUAGCCAGAACAUCUUCGCAUUUGAAUGGAGAGACCCGGACUCUGGAACAACGGGGCAAUUGACAUGGACCCGACUUCCACAGGGGUUUAAGAACUCCCCAACCAUCUUUGAUGAAGCCCUCCACCAAGACCUAGCUCACUUUUGCGCCAGCCACCCUCAGGUAACGCUCCUACAAUAUGUAGAUGACUUACUACUAGCUGGAACAACAAAAGAAGAGUGCUAUCGGGGCACAGAACUAUUGCUAGAAGAACUAGCCCGCUUAGGAUAUCGAGCCUCUGCUAAAAAAGCCCAGAUCUGCCAGAAAGAGGUAACGUACCUGGGUUACACCUUAAGAGGAGGGCAGAGAUGGUUAACAGAAGCCAGGAAGCAUACUGUGACUCAGAUUCCAGUUCCCCGCUCGCCCCGCCAGGUGUGAGAAUUCUUAGGAACUGCGGGGUUCUGCCGCUUAUGGAUACCGGGGUUUGCUACUCUGGCAGCUCCCCUCUACCCUUUGACCAAGGAAGGCACUCCCUUCGAGUGGGGUGCCAGCCAACAGCGGGCCUUUGACAACAUUAAAAAGGCAUUAUUAUCAGCCCCGGCUCUGGCUCUACCAGAUGUAACAAAGCCCUUUGUCCUAUACGUAGAUGAGAAGAGAGGAGUGGCCAGAGGGGUGCUGACGCAGCCUUUAGGGCCAUGGAAAAGACCGGUAGCAUACCUCUCCAAGAAAUUGGACCCCAUCGCUGGUGGUUGGCCAGCCUGUCUGAGGUCUGUGGCGGCAGUAGCGGUACUGGUAAAAGAUGCAGACAAAUUGACUAUGGGGCAGAAGUUGACAGUCAUUGCCCCCCAUGCUUUAGAAAGCAUCAUCAGACAGCCCCCUGACUGGUGGCUGUCUAAUGCCCGCAUGACACAUUACCAGAGUCUCCUAUUAAACGGAGACAGAGUCCAGUUUGGCCCGCCUGUCAUCCUCAACCCAGCUACCCUAUUACCUGAUACUUCUGUCCAGAAAGAUGUAUUACACACAUGCCAAGAAGUACUGGCUGAGGAAACUGGAACUCGGAAGGACCUCUGUGAUCAGCCCCUGCCGGAUGCCCAGCUGACCUGGUUCACUAAUGGGAGCAGCUCCAUAAUAGAAGGUAAAAGGGUGGCCGGGGCGGUGGUAGUGGACGAUAAGCAGACCAUCUGGGCAAGUAGUCUGCCUGAAGGGACGUCGGCCCAGAAGGCCGAGCUGGUCGCCUUAACCCAGGCCUUACGUUUGGCAGAAGAGAAAAAAGUUAACAUAUACACCGAUAGCAGGUAUGCUUUUGCUACGGCCCAUGUUCAUGGGGCCAUUUACAGGCAGCGAGGACUGCUGACUUCAGCAGGAAAAGAAAUUAAACACAAGGAAGAAAUCCUAAGUCUACUGGAGGCUGUUCACCUUCCUAAGAAAGUGGCCAUUAUCCACUGCCCUGGGCAUCAGAAAGGGGGGUCCAGAGUUGCUGAGGGAAACAAAAGAGCCGACCGAGAAGCUAAGCUAGCAGCUCAAAGGCUCAACAUCCUGCCGCUAUAUGAAAACACUUUAAGGCCUAGCCUUAAAGAAAUAGCGCACCCCCUUGUCAAACACUUUAAAUAUUCGGAGCGGGAUCUCGAGAAAAUGAACAGAUUAGGCCUCCACUUAGAAUCCCCAGAGGGGAUCCGAGAAACUCCGGAAAGAAAAAUCAUCCUCCCUGAAGAGCAGGCGAUCACCUUUCUCAGACAACUUCAUAAAUUAACUCAUUUGGGCCCCAAGCAUCUAAGAACUAUUGUUCAGUCCUCCCCAUACUAUAUUAUGGAAUUAAGUAAACUCAUUGACGCAGCUGCAAAAGAGUGCAGACCUUGCCAAUUAGUAAACACCCAGCCUAGCACAUUACCUCAGGGAAGAUGACUCCGAGGAGAUCGUCCUGGGAGCUACUGGGAAACAGAUUUUACAGAGAUUAAGCUGGCCAAAUACGGAUACAAGUACUUGCUGGUGUUCAUAGAUACUUUCUCAGGAUGGGUCAAAGCUUUUCCUACAAAAAGGGAGACUGCUCAAGUCGUAGCCAAUAAUAUUAGAAGAAAUUUUUCCAAGAUUUGGAUUGCACUGAUGUUACAAGUGCCUCGCAUAAUACCUUGUGCUUCCUCUUGGAGCUUUUUCAGUAAAAGCACCAAUACAUUUACAGUAGAAUUAAGAAUGAUAAUUGAACCAGGUGUCCAGGAAUAA